GCGUUGGCUGCCAGUUUGUAGUCGUCGUCGCGCCGGAUAGUCGUGUUUGUUUUUUCGCAAGCCGUAGACCUACGUUCAGAACGUUCUUGUUGUUUGUGAUGACGUGAGCUGUUUUGUGCGGUUCUGUUUCGAUUUGCAGUUAUCGUGGCAGGUGAAAAAUCAUUCAGUGAGUGAAAUCUAUACUUGAUUGGUGGUGACUAUGGCAAUAUGUUGUUAAUGAUGAGCUUCAUGUCACUGUUGAAUUCUUGCGUUCCAAACUUACGAUUUACUGUUUUACUUUGAGAACUGUUAAUAGUAGUGUUAUGAUUACGACAAGUUUACAAUAGAGAUCAAUCAUCUGGUCAAUAAGUUAAACAAUACGUGUUCUAUACCAUAAUUAUUGGCAUGUUUAGUUUAACCUUGUUGCUCAUACCAAAUUCCUGAGAUAAUACUUUGAUAGUAUCGCAAAGUAAACCCAUGAAGAAUAACUCAGUGUCCAGGUAAACUUGAAUGAGCUAUAAAUCCCAAAAGGAAGAACUAGCAGUAAACGGCACAUGACCGGCAUUCUAUGGAACAAAAGACCCGAUAUCAAUCUCGUUCCCGUGAACAAAAAAUCUAGAACGAAGCUACUCCGUUUUGGAUUGUGCUGGCUGUCAUCGUAGCACACGUGCCACAAACAAACGGAACAUAGAAGCCAAUAAAACAUGAAAACCUUCCCAUCAGCUCAUGCAUCAGGUCUUUCCUCCAGACAUUGAAAACCCGAGAUUGGUUUUUGCAAGCAGCCAAGCAGAGUGAGAUCGCACACGCAUCAGGCAGUUUUAUUACGAGAAACCUCGCCGAUCAACACCUGCUAAAAGGGAACGUGCUGAAUGACAAAUGCUACCGGAAUUGAAACGUUUUUACUCAAACUGAUGGGACUUGGUCACUUUCCAAUUUGCCGUAAUGAGUUAGGGGAUUAAAAGUUAUAUGCCGUAAAAAGGCAAACGAAUGUUGGUGCCUUCAGAAACGUUUUUCGAAUAUCGCGCGCGGAUAUUGUGAUAAAGUGGUUUUUGUUAAUAGAUCAAAAAGAUAACCUGAAAACACGAUUAAAGCAGAGAUUAUAGCUUGGUGAUAAAUUUACGAAUGAGAUAGGUUAGGUAGCGGCACAAAAAUGUCCGAUAUCUGUGAUUUCGAGUGGUCUAACAACCGGUUCCGGCACAAUUUAACCAUAUCGGAUCUGAAGGGCUACAAUAAACAUGAGCCUGCAGACCGGCUCCGGGCUCUGAAAGCGCUAAAAGAGCUGAUUGGAGCCAGUAUGGAUUAUGCCCUGAAAGAUAAAUCCUGCUUUCAGGAUGACGAAUUUCUGUACCGGUUUCUGUAUGCACGAAAGUUCAACGUGAACGAUUCGUUUCAACUUGUGAUAAACUAUCAUGCGUAUCGACAACGAAAUGGUUCACUCUUGCAGAGGCUAUCGGUACUCGAUGAGAACAUACAGUUGGCACUGCGGGAUGGAUUUCCGGGUGUGUUGCCCAACAGGGAUCGACGGGGUAGAAAGGUGUUAAUUUUCCUAGCAGCCAAUUGGGAUUAUUCGUCGUAUUCACUAGUCACAGUGUACAGGGCAAUGCUACUGUCACUAGAAAAACUACUGGAGGAUAAGCAGAAUCAAGCCAAUGGAUUUAUUGCAAUUGUGGAUUGGACAAAUUUCACAUUCCGACAAUCGUCUAACUUAAAUCCCAAGGUUCUAAAAUUGAUGAUAGAGGGAUUACAGGAUUGCUUUCCUGUUCGCUUCAAAGCGAUCCAUUUCAUCGGUCAACCGUGGUAUGUGGAAGCAGCACUAGCAGUAAUUCGACCAUUCCUGAAGGAGAAAACACGGGAAAGGAUAAAAUUACACGGUGGUAACCUGUCAACGGUGCAUGACUGUAUCGCUCGCGAUAUUCUACCUACGGAGUUGGGUGGCGAAGGGCCUACCUUCAACCCACUCAACUGGUACCACGAGCUGCUCGAAUCAAGCCAAAUUUCUACUACCAAACCAGCGCCAUCCUACGUUCUAAGUCAGCCCCAGUUCUAUACGAAACCUCCGGCCUUGAUGGCUAAUAGCGCCGCUAACAUUUCAACUACGACCGUUGGUUCGGAUUUCCUAAAAACUACCAAAGCCGCUGCGGUAAAGAUAGGUGUCCUCACGACCAAGGCGAACGAUCCCGCCGCCAACAUGCUGCUCGGUGUAGGGAGUGACACGUGACGGCUGCCCGGCACCACCGGUCCGGACCAGUGCCAGCUCUUGGUGCAAUCUGAUUCAAUUUCCUGAUGAACGGUUCUGAUCUCAAAUUUCCAUACUCAUUCGUUCGUUGCAAAACACUGGCGACGAAUCAUGUCAAAAGAGACAGCUUUGCUUGUGAACGUAUAGAAUUAACAAAAUAGCGAGUGACUGCGAAGUAACGACGAUGACAACACUCAAUUCUAUUUACAGAUGCCUUUCUCUUUUGGAACGAGCGUUAAUUAACUUUCAUGUGCGUCUUUUCAUGAAUGUUUAUCGUUCAGGGCACAGUGUUGUCGCCGCUAGCCCGUUCGAGACUGUCCACAUUGCGCUUAAGCCGUAAUUAUCAUACGAAAUAUAUUCAAUCCUUGUGGGUCAGAAUGAACGCUAGACCUGCUGCUCGACCGUAGUGAGUAAAUUUAUUAACAGGUACCGGUGAGAGAUAUUUUGUUUUCCUAUCGCAGUCUCUUGAACCCAAGAGUAUGAAAAUCAAUAUACACACAGAAAACAAAAUCAGGCAGGCUUACAUCUUUCUAGGGCUGAACGAGAACUAGGUUAGGUGAACAAUCCAAUAAGUAGAACGAGAAGCUUUAUUAACGAUUUUUCGUAAGCUUAUACAAUCGCAAGUUUGAUUGCACGGACAAUAUUUCGACUACUGCUUUCUUGUCACAAUAAUGACUGUACUAAACGAUAUUGAGUUGAUUUAGGGUAGUGUCGAACGCUGUACAUAAGUAUUCUGCUAUAUUUGUAUGUAGGUUUUCCAGUUUAAAAUACCACGGGAGGUUUGAGCAUUUAAUUACACUGCUGUAGCAAUAGUUUCAACAAUACUUUGUAAUAAUUCCGUCCGUCCAUAUGGUAUAAACAGAAAAUUGAGGAAAAACAUAUUUUGAUAACGAACAUUACGUGUAGUGUAAGAAAUAAGCUAUUUAAGUCAAUAAUACGUCCUAUUUUGUAUUUUACAAACGUUUGUGAAAUGAGCACCAUUUAGUAAAUAUCUAUUAAAGAAAUCGA